AGAAAAUAUCCUUUACAACGACAUUAAACGAUGUUAUGGAGUUUCUCUCCAUCCAACCUACCAUAACCUUUUUUCCAACCCAAUGAAUGUCCAAAAUCAGACAGCAUGCGACCAUCAAAAUCGUGAACAUCUUGUCAUCGCUCCGUCCCAAAUUUCCGAGGUGGUUUUGACUCGUGCAGCUGUGAGGACAUUUUGCUCCGAGGACGUGACCAGCCUCGUGGCGGCCGCAACCGUGGGUGUGGCCAGCCACCCAACCAACACGUGCUGUUCUGAGUGCGUCGGAUCGGAUCGACAACUGCGUCUGUAGUAGUAGCUCAACCUGGGGGCGGACCACGGUGCCGCUGCCCGAAACACCCACAGGAUCAGCCCCCGCUCCCCGCCCAAAACCACUGCACGCACCCACUGCCACUGGUUUUCCGCCCACCAGCCAGUCACCCACGCCUCCGGUUCUCCGGUGGCACCGCCCGCACGCCGCAGUUUAUAUACACACGGAGCCGUCGCAGUCCGACGACGCAACACAACACCACCGCGCCGCCACAACUCACCCAUCGAUCGGGAGCUAUCCACCAUGCAGGCCCAGAGCAUCCUCCGCGUCCCCGGCCACCCGGCGGCGGCGCUGCCCCUCCCGCGCCGGCAAUGCCGCCGCGUGUCCGCCGUGGCGGCGGCGCCGUCGGUGCAGCGCGGCGUGACGCACUCGAUGCCGCCGGAGAAGGCGGAGGUGUUCCAGUCGCUGCGGGGCUGGGCGGGGUCGUCGCUGCUGCCGCUGCUCAGGCCCGUGGAGGACAUCUGGCAGCCGGCGGACUUCCUGCCGGACUCCUCGUCCGAGAUGUUCGAGCACGAGGUGGCCGAGCUGCGGGCCCGCGCGGCGGCGCUGCCCGACGAGUACUUCGUGGUGCUGGUCGGGGACAUGGUCACCGAGGAGGCGCUGCCCACGUACCAGACCAUGAUCAACACCCUCGACGGCGUCCGGGACGAGACCGGCGCCAGCGCCUGCCCCUGGGCCGUCUGGACCCGCGCCUGGACCGCCGAGGAGAACCGCCACGGCGACGUCCUCAACAAGUACAUGUACCUCUCCGGCCGCGUCGACAUGCGCAUGGUCGAGAAGACCGUCCAGUACCUCAUCGGCUCCGGCAUGGACCCGAGGACGGAGAACAACCCGUACCUGGGCUUCGUGUACACGAGCUUCCAGGAGCGCGCCACGGCCGUCUCCCACGGCAACACCGCGCGGCUCGCCAAGGCGCACGGCGACGACGUGCUGGCGCGCGCCUGCGGCACCAUCGCCGCCGACGAGAAGCGCCACGAGACGGCCUACAGCCGCAUCGUGGAGCAGCUGCUGCGGCUUGACCCGGACGGCGCCAUGCUCGCCAUCGCCGACAUGAUGCGCAAGCGGAUCACCAUGCCCGCGCACCUCAUGCACGACGGCAGCGACAUGGACCUGUUCGAGCAUUUCGCCUCCGUGGCCCAGCGCCUCGGCGUGUACACCGCGCAGGACUACACCGACAUCGUCGAGUUCCUCGUCAAGCGGUGGAAGCUGGAGACGCUGGAGGGCGGGCUCUCCGGCGAGGGGCGGAGGGCCCGGGACUUCGUCUGCGGGCUCGCGCCGAGGAUGCGCCGCGCCGCGGAGAGGGCGGCCGACAGGGCCAGGAAGGAUGAGCCCAGGAAGGUCAAGUUCAGCUGGAUCUUUGAUAGGGAAGUAGUUGUCUGAGAUAGUGUUGGCCUGACUUCUGAGGCUACUGAGAUAGUGACAUGAUCCUGUAAUCUCGUUCUGUGUUCUUGUGUUUCUCUCUUUGCAAAGUUGGUUUAUAGUGCCUUUCGAAUUUGGAAACAUGGGGGGAAUGUAAUAUUCUGGAACCUUUACAAAGAUGAUUUAGCUUUGAA